AUGUCCCUUUUUGAUAGUCUCCGCGAUUCCCAAAUCAAAAGUCCUUUCGGCCCAAAGUUCUUGCCGCUGAGCUGCCUAGACACUGCCAUCACCAAAACCAGCGUCGAGGGGGAGUUUUCUUAUUUCACCCGGCUUCUCAACCCUUACUUGUCUCAAAACGUCGUCCAACACGCCAGGAAGGUGUUUGCCGUCCUUGUGUUCAUAGACAGGGCUGCCGCCAUCUGUGAACUGUACAACGAAGGACUCACGGACGAUCAGCUCCCGCUUUCCAGGAACAAUGGCGAUGACCGAAACGUUCUAUUCUCUGAUCGUGGGAAGAAGAGGUUCACUUCUUUCAGGAGCUGGACAAGCGCGUCUGUUGAUCUCUUUCUUGACAAGCAGUGGCUCUUUCAGUCACCCGUGUUUGGCGCGACUGGGGAGCAUCUCAAUCUCGACCCCACGUGUGCCCUACCGAUGCUCCCAGACGCGGAAGAAGUGGCCGCGGGCCUCUACAACGUUGUAUACCGAGGCACGCUCCAUCCAGCUCACCAGAAGGGCCUCAAAUGCGGAGAAGAUGGGCUUCAAAUCGCCCUGAAGGAGUUUAGGGGAGAGGACCGGGAGAACAACUUCAACAAGGAAAGGGAGAAUCUGAGCCACAUAGAACAGCAUAAUCACCCGCAUCUCAUCAAGCAUAUAGCGACCUGUCAAAGCGGGAAAAGCUUCUUCGUCAUAUUCCCAUGGGCUGAUGGCGGAAGCCUCAGGGACUUUUGGGAGCAUGAGGAUCCGGGGGAGCCAACCCCAGAGCUCGUUUCGUGGUCCUUGCAGCAGAUGCUCGGCCUCAUCGGCGCCCUCAAGGCCCUGCACAGCUUCAAUUGCCGCCACGGCGACCUCAAGCCGGAGAACAUCCUCCACUUCAAGGAGGGUGACGACAAGCUCCAACGGAACGGCGAACGAGGAAUUCUAGUAAUGGCAGAUGUUGGCGUGUCUCGAGUCCACAAGCAGACGACGCGCUUCAGAGCUGGACCAACCACCACCAAGGCGACCACGAUCUCGUACCAAGCCCCUGAGACCGAGACAUACCCGAAAGGCCCUAGAUCCCGCGCGUAUGACGCGUGGUCGAUCGGCUGUAUCUUCUUGGAGCACAUUGUUUGGCUCUUGUACGGCCUCCAAGGCAUUGAAAGCUUCGAGACCAGUAGAGAGUGCCGAGACCUUGAAGGAAGCUAUGUCAAUGCUAAAUUUUACAAGGCUGCGGCUGUCGGCUCACAGGGGAGUGCUGACAUCCACCCUGCCGUAUUAAAGGCAAUGGCCGCCCUGGGAGAGGAUCCUCGGUGCAGGAGCGGUACGGCUUUGGGUGACCUCCUGAAGCUGAUCCGGGAAAAGCUUCUUCUGAUCGAGCCGCAAGCCCGAGCAAAUGCCGGCGAGCUGCAUGGUAUUGUGGAGAAGAUAGUCCGGGACACUGAACGAAACCCUUUGUACUUGCUCCCUGGGGUCAAUCGGCCUCUACAAACUCCACCCAUUUUUCAACCUACGGAACCCGGAAAGGAUGUUGCCUUCAGAGUCACGGGACUAGAUGGAACGCUGGUACAACUGACGAAUACUCUAGACGCCACCAACAAUAGGCUUGGAGAACGGCGCCACACAAGGCCAACUGCGUGUUGA